GCUAGUUUGAAUUCUCAUGUGGGUCUUAUGUAGGCGGUUUCUUCGAAUUUGCUAUUAGAAAUUAAUCUACCGUAAAUUUAUCUACUUACCGUAAGAGUCGUGUGAAAACUAACGCUCAUAGUUUAGAGAAAGAGAAAAAGAUUUGGAGCUUAUGGAGAAAAUGGAAGCAACUGAAGGGUCUGCCGGCGGUAAUGUGUCCAGGCACAGAGAGAUAGACCGAACAAAACCUGCAUUAGCAUUUGAAGCUAUGACAAGUGCAAAUAAACUUGUAUCCUCUGGCUCCAAGGGCAUGAACGCUUCUAUUCAAGACAAAUCAAGACAGAGUGGGGAAGACAACAGUAUAAAACCACAUUUACUUGCUAGAAUUUUUGAGGUUUUUGAGUCUGAUGAAGAUUUGCGAAAAGAGAGUUCAAAUAAAAGAAGAUCAGAUUCCAGUGCCGCACUUUCGCAGAAAAGGAAGAGAAAUGUAGCCAUCCAAACGAAUCUCGAUGCCGCACCAUCGCCAAAAAGGAAGACAAACGUAGCCAUCCAAACGAGUUCCGAUGAGGAACUCCAAAGGGAAUGCGAGCUAAUAUUCAGGUUGUGUCGGUGUCAGGACCAUGUUUGUCCUGGUUCUGUUUCUGUUAUGUUCCUUGAUGCCUAGAAAUUUACUUUGCUGUGGUAAAAACU